GAGAAUUAUCUGUCCGGAAUCCGGCAUUACGACCGAGAGGAAUACGAUGCGGCCAUUGGCCUCCUGGAACAGGCCCUGAAGGAUUACGAAGCUGCUGACUCUGAGUGCCGGAUCUUGUGCGAAGGUCCUCAGAAGUUUGAGGACUACGAAUACCUGGAUUACAAGGCCGUUCUCUACGAGGCCAUUGCAGAUCACUGCAUGCAGGUCCUGCGGUGUCAACACGAGUGCGUGCGGCAACUCGCCACGCGGCCCGGGAGACUCUCGCCCAUCGACAACUUCCUGCCCCUGCAUUACGACUUCUUGCAGUUUGCCUACUUCAGAG